AUGAGGUCCUACAACGACCGGCCCUCGGAAACCCCGACAACACCGACAAGGUCCACUUCUUUGUACACUUUUGAUUCAACUGUUGAGCAGUAUCAGCAUGUUUUUAUUGGUGUUGGAGUCAGUGAAUGGAUGAAAUUGGGCACAGCAUGUCAGUGUGUGGUAGAGCCUUCUAAGUAUUGCUGUUUCUUCACAUCUAUCUACUUCAGAGUAAACGGUGAAGUAGGACCCUAA